AUGCAGAAACUGGCUGUGCAGUAUGGCACAGGUGUGACAAGAAAAGAACGACAGUCAGAAUGUGAUCAUGUAGAGGAACUAAAAGGGCCUGUUCUUCUCCCAAAGUCUUCACAUGUUUGUCAGAACUGCAAGAUGACAUUGGACAAUGGCACAGCACCACAACAGGCACUAGCCAAUGGGCUGUGGAUUGGAGGUACCUGUGCACGCACUCUCAUUAGCCGAGUUAACCAUAACAGAUGUGUUGUUCGUGUCAAGGGCUCUCUGCAGAUAUGCCAUACCAUACCUAUGCCAAAGGUAUACAAUGCAUUACCCCCUAGCCCUGAGGAGCUGGAUGAAGUGCUUGCAUACAUAUAUAUUGGCCCAACAAAACCAUUGGCCAAGGAACAUCAUCGCACUCCACUGCUAGUGAGACACAAUAAAGUGGCCAAUGCUCUGGAAUGGCUCAAGCUCAAUCACAUAGACUAUGCAGACCUCACCAUAUCUUACAAGAAUUUGAACAUGUAUUCUGAGGACAGUCCUCCUGUCAUUGUAGACUAUCAUCCUGGUGAUGGCGGAAAGGAUGAAGAGGCUAAGGCUGCCAAUGACACAGAUGACAAUGAAGGCACCACUGAAGGGCCAUGUCCAUUUGUUGUUCAUGGGCUGAUGAGUACCAAUGCCCUUCGUGCAUAUGCACUACAGUAUUUCAAGAAUAAAAAGAACAUGGCACUAGCCGCAAUGUUCCCAUGGCUGUUUCCAUAUGGACUUGGUGGUCCUGGCAAUGCCCGUGGAUAUGCAAAGGUAUCUGAGGCAGAGAGGAAACAUCAGUUGCUGAUGUAUCAUGACAAGCGGUUUCAGUUUGAGCAAUACUUUCCACUAGUUGCCUUCAAUCAUGAACAGAUCAAAAACAGUACAACAGGAGGAUUUCUUCUUGCAGAGCAACAGAAAUUUCCAGACAUUGCCAAACGAAUACUGUCCAUUGAUGAAAGUGUGCUUGCACACCUGACAGAUAAGCUAAAGGACGGUCAUCAUUACAAGCCAGAGACACAGGCUGAGAAAGACUGCUACCAGCUCAUACAGGACAUUGACCAUGUUGCACAUAAAGUUCAGGGCUCAUUGACCAACAGAAAAUACAUGAGAAAUGAGAUAUGGGCUCUUACUUCAUAUCUUGGAGCACCCUCAUGGUUCAUUACAUUUGCACCAGCAGAUGUAAAACAUCCGCUUUGCCUGUAUUUUGCUGACACAAAUGAGACAUACAAGCCAGAAUUAGUACUGGAUAGUGACCAAGGUUAA